ACGAACUCUAAAGCCUUCUUCUCCCCAUUUCUUCCCUACGCCGUUUGCCGCCGUGCCUCUGCCUUGCCUUCCCGCCGCACUUUCAGUACAAACAAAUUUGACUCUGAGAAUCAUCAUAAACAACGUCGAAAGCUCCGUGAACCCAUUCCUUUUGUCACUGAUGUUAAAGAGGUGAAGGAUCCAUGUGAGGCAUUGGCUCUCUUUGAGAAUUACCAUGAAAAGGGCUUCAAACACCACUAUCCUUCCUACUCAUCUCUCAUCUACAAAUUGGCUCGUUCUCGUAGAUUUGAAGCUGUCGAGACGAUUCUUGGUCACUUACGAAAUAGGAAUAUUCGUUGCAAUGAGACCCUUUUCGUCGCUUUGAUUCAACAUUAUGGGAAAGCUCAUUUGGUUGAGAAAGGUAUUGAGCUUUUCCACCAAAUGCCUUCCUUUAAUUGCUUUCGUACUCUGCAGUCCUUUAAUGUAUUGCUUAAUACAUUAGUUGAUUGUGACCAGUUUUCUAAAGCAAGUGAAAUCUUUCAACAGGCAUAUGAAAUGGGCUUUCGUCCUAAUUCAGUGUCCUAUAAUAUAAUGAUCAAGGGUUGGAUCAAGAAGGGUGGAUGGGAACAAGCAUGUAACCUGUUCGACGAAAUGCUCGAGAAGGGAGUUCAACCUAGUGUUGUAACAUACAAUAGUUUUUUAGGGGUUUUAUGUAGAAAGGGUGAAAUGGACACAGCAUUGUGUUUGUUCAAGAACAUGACUGAGAAAGGACAUCAUCCAAAUGCUGUUACUUAUGCAUUGUUAAUGGAAGGAUGGUGCUUCAUAGGUAAAUACAAGGAAGCAAAAAAGUUGAUGUUUGAUAUGGAGUUUCAUGGUUGUAAACUACGACCUGUGAACUACGGUGUUUUAAUGACAUAUCUUGGAAAGGCAGGGAACAUUGACGAGAUGGAAUCUUUACUUAAUGAGAUGAAGAAAAGACGGUUGAAGCCCGAUGUCGUGACGUAUAAUAUUCUUGUAAAUUACUUAUGUAAGGAAGGAAGGGUUGGAGAUGCUUAUAAGGUUUUGGUUAAAAUGCAAGUGGGAGGUUGUGAUCCUAAUGCAGCAACUUAUAGGAUGAUGAUUGAUGGAUAUUGUAAUGCAGGGGACUUUGAUGGGGCUAUGAAGAUUUUGAAUGCUAUGUUGAUGAGUGGGCACUGUCCUCAUAUGAAAACUUUUGCUUUUUUAGUUGUUGGUCUUUUGAAAGGCGAAAAUAAUGAUGAUUAUGUUUGCUUUGUAUUGGAGGAAAUGGAGAAGAGACAGCUGAGGUUUGAUGCUGAAACUUGGAGGACUUUGAUCAUGGAUGUUUGUGGUCAACAUGUUGAAAUAGGCCGAGGCAAUGAGACUCUACAAGAUGAAAAUGAAGCUCAAUCAGCUCAAAUGAAGUUUAUAUCAAAGCUAAUGGCAGGUCACACCAAGUCUAAUCAUGAGGCAGUCUCUAUGCCACAAGAAGCAUCGACAAGAGCUAGAGUUAAAAGAUCGAGAAGAACGUCCAUGGUGAAGAGUUGCAAUUUAAGUUUCAAAAUAUACUUGGGUCAUCGACAUUGUUAAUGUCUUAUCUACCGAUUUGUUUAUUUAAUUUUAAGAAAAGAAUAUUUAUUUCGUGUAUUUGCAUUUAUGGAAGUUCAUGUAAGUAGUUGAAGGGGUUGUUGGAUGUAUUUAGACUACAUAGGUAAGGUUGUGUCCUUUCGUAUUGACCUUUCAUUUAGUAUAAAUAACGUUGUAAUUUGAAUAAAUAUAUCCCGUAGAGUGAUAGAGUUCCAUCUCUUGCGAGUUUUAUGUUUUCUUUA